GUGAGGUGAGUUUGAUUGAGUAGAAUUGUGGAUGUCAAAUUGAAAUAUCUAUUAGCUUUUUACAUCCGUAAUUUAUUUAUUUACUAAUUAUUUUUGUACAUAAAAUAAGUUUAAUUGUAGCAGAAGAUUAUAUUUCUUAAAAAAGGAAAAUGGCACCAUUAACCUGUGUUGUUUCAAAAAUAUUAUCAGGAAAAGACGAUUUUUGUCGAUUAUGUUUCAAUUCUGUCCCUGAAGGCUCCAAUCGCCUACAAGAUGAAGUCUUUCUGAGCUCGGAUGACACCGCAAAUACUGAAGAAAUUAUAAAAAUACUGAGCGAUAUUUUGGGUAAACAAUAUACUUGCAGUAUGUCUACAUAUGAUUGCAUUUGCACCAGCUGCUUAGAAACUGCAAGAAGCAGCUAUACAUUCAUAAAGAAAUGUCAACAAAACACUGAACUGUUAACCAGUGCUGUUGAUUCGCUCAAAGACUGCAUUGAAAAUACGACUACCGAUUUGAGCUCAUUUAAAUCUUUAUUUGUGUCUAUUGACACAAAAGACUUUUCAAAUAAACAGUACUAUGAUAAUCAACGGCCAGUGAAUACUUGCACUGCAGCACUUGUAAGAUUUCGUUCAUUGUCUUAUGGUAAAUAUAUACGAUGGAAAGAUUCUACUCCAGGAGUACGAAAGAGAAGACUUCACAUGUACAGUGAGGAAAUGCGAAAAAUAUGUGACAUUAUUAGAGAUAAAAACAAAACAAUGUUUAAAUGUAAAGUAUGCGAUGGAAUAUUCAAUAAAUCAUUUAAUUUCAAGAAGCAUUAUUACAGUCAACAUUCUGCAAAAUUAUUGAAAUGUGAAGAGUGUGGGAAGAGUUAUGGCUCAGAGGCUUUACUGAAACAACAUAAGUAUGAUAGCCAUGCAAGUAUUAUCUGUAGUGAAUGUGGCAAAACAUACAAAAACAGAUACUCAUUACUAUAUCACAUGCGGCAACACUCAGGAGAACAACCAUAUGAGUGCAAAUACUGUGGAAUGAAAUUCCAAUGGUCUUCACGUCGCGCAGAGCACAUCAGAAGGUUUCAUUUAGAGCCAAGUGUUGAAUGUAACAUUUGCCACAUAAAAUUCAGGGCUUUAGGGUCAUUGUAUGAACACAGGAAGAGGCAUUUUAAUCCAAAUAGCCGGCUUCAUGUCACUCAGCAAACACUUCCUGUAGCUGAGGAAGAAGAAUUGUAAUAUGGUAUGUUCCUUUAUUUGUGGGUACAAACAUACUUAUUGAUAUAUGGUUGUUGGUUGAGUCUAAUAUAAUAUUGCACAAA